AGUGUGUAAAAGAUCAAGAAACAAAAAGAGGCCAAGGUCUGUCUGCACACGGCGCAUAAUGGAAGCCGUCACACAAGAACUGCCGACGGCAACACUUAGCGACUCGCUUGUACCUGGGCAGAAACCUGAAAACAAAUCACGCCCGAUUUUUGCUCAGGCAAUAAUGGCAACUUUGGUGUACAUAACAGCUAUCUGCAAUGGAUUAACUAGUGGCUACUCGGCUGUCCUCCUUCCUCAGCUUCGAGCAAACAACAGUGGCUUUGAAAUAAACGAGGAGGGCGAGUCAUGGAUUGUGAGCAUCUAUAUUGGCAGUACAUCUGUGGGCUGUCUGCUGAGUGGAGUCCUAAUGCAUUUGUGGGGCAGAAAACCCGCUGUUCAGAUUGCUGUUUCGUGUGUCUGUACUGGCUGGUUACUGAUAGCCAUAACAAGUACAUACCCAGUCAUGCUUCUGGGGAGAGCGCUGGGUGGCUUUGGGAAGGGGAUCUGCACUCCAGCUGUUACUGUAAGUCUGGAACCUAUGCAAUCAAAACACUUGUAAUUUCUUGGCCAUGAUCAUGAAAUUGUAAAAAAAGAACAAUAUAU